AUGACUCAACUCAAUAUCGAGCAACUUUCUGCUAUUCUCGCCGCUCUAGGCCUUUCUCCAAACGACGGCGCUGCCAUCCGUGAUGGCCAUGGAAAUGCUUCUGCAGAAUCCAUUCAGGGCCCGUUGCACAGUUUCUACUGUUACAACUGUUCAUUCCCAAACGUCAUUCCCGUGAACGCUAUUCCCACCCUUACAGCAGUUCCAGAGAAGGCCCCCGCCGCCGCUACUCCUCCAGCUCCAGCUUCAACUCCUAGCUCUGCUCCAGCUGUUCCCAACGUCCCAUCCACCGUUCCCCAAUCUACUACCAACCAAGGUCCCUCUUCCACCCCAGUUGCAGGCCCUUCCAUUCCUUCUGCCACCGCCACCACCACUGGCCCUGACGGGCCUUGGUAUACAGUCUCCAAGGGUCGCGCUGUGGGAGUGUUUAAAGGGUGGGCGAACGUUACGCCUCUCGUCACUGGAGUCGGCCGUUCCUGUUACUUCCGACAUCCCACCCAAGCCGCUGCCCAAGCCGCCUUCAAUGAGGCUGUUGUCGGUGGAUCAGUGGAAGUACUUCGGUAA